AUGGCUCAACUGAUUGAUAAAUUGAAUUUAAUGGUCAAUAGUAAAGGCCUUCAGCAUCCCAAAGCCAAUUCAGUAACGGCUGCCAAGAAAAGAACGAUCGAAGAAUCAUCCGAUGAUUAUCCAUUAACCAGUAAGAAAAGAGCUGUACUAGAAGAUUUAACGAAUGCUAGCCAAGACACCUUAUUAAAAUGGCAUAAUCUAAAGAAGCAACAAACGAAUAAGAACAACGUCGAGCAAGUGCAACAACAAAAUGAAGUUAAAGAUCAUGAGAGUGAUUUAGGUCGAAUUAAAACUAAUAUACAUGAAUUCCUCAAAUGCGAUGAAGAUGAUGUCGUCGAUGGUAAAAGCAGCUGUAAUGAAAAUGAAGAAUCUAAAAUUUCAACAGCACACCUUUCAACGAUACUCAGUGAGGAGGUGCAGCGCGUACUGACAUUACCCAACGAUGUCGCGGACAUUGACGAAGCUGAUUUAACUGACCCUUUCCGUGUUGCUGAUUACGCUCCAAUAAUAUUUGAAAACAUGAAACAAAGAGAAGCGCAACUAGUCGUCAAUGAUUAUUUAGAACGUCAAAAUGAUAUUACAGAGCAAAUGAGAAUGAUACUUAUUGACUGGCUUUGUGAAGUACAACAAAAUUUCGAGUUAUUUCACGAAACAUUAUAUCUAGCUGUUAAAAUUGUCGACCGAUUUCUAUCAGCUCGUGUCGUCUCAAGAGACGCUCUACAGCUUAUAGGAGCUACGGCUAUGCUGAUGUCAUCUAAAAUUGAAGAAAGAUAUCCGCCAUUAGUGGAUGAUUUUGUAUAUAUUUGCGAUGACGCCUAUAGUCGACAGGCUGUUUUGGACAUGGAAAGAGAUAUUUGCUACGCUUUAGAUUUUGAUUUAAAUAUUCCUAUACCUUAUAGAUUUUUAAGAAGAUACGGAAAGGUAGCAUCCCUCAGCAUGGAAAAUUUAACGUUAGCUCGAUAUAUAUUAGAGCUAACUUUACAAGAAUAUCAAUUUGUAACUUUUAAACCAUCUAUGUUGGCAGCUGGAUGCCUAUGUCUCGCUUUGAAAAUGAAAAAUUGCGGUGAAUGGACUCAAACUCUAGUUCAUUAUUCUGGAUAUGAAGAAUCUGAACUAAAUGAAUUAGUACAGAAAUUAAACGCUAUGAUAGCUAAACCGGCACCAGAAAAUUGCAAAGUUGUAAAGACAAAAUAUUCUCACACGGUCUUUUAUCAAGUUGCUAAUAUAGCACCCUUACAACUUGAAACGGAUGUAUGA